UAUAUCUCAAAGACUACUUUUAUUUUAUCCUUCAGUUCAGUUCACUGGAUAGGAAGUUUUCUUAUUAGUUUUUUAAAUUUUUGGCUCUAUUUUCAGGUUCAAUAUGAAGACUGAAUAUGAGGAUGGAUCAAUUAUGAAGAAUACUCUCAGAUAUUUUGUCGCGCCUGAUGCAAUUGGAAGGGAACGAGGACGAGGGCUUAAAUCUUUGACAUCAAAAGGGAAAAUUUCAACUAAGAGUUUAUCUUCUCAAUCUAGUGAUCUAGUUAAGCAAUACAUCAAAGAAGUUGAAACAAGUAUUAUUGGCAAGGGACGAGAACAAGAACUUUAAACUUUACCAUGUCUUCUAUUCAAGGAAAGGGAGCGACACAUAAGAACUCCAUGGUUCUUGAAAAAGAGUAUAUGCAAGUUAAGACUAUAUUUCCUUCAUCUAUUAAUCAAGCAACAGUGCUAUUGUUAUGGCCUACAAUCACUGAGCAGCUUCAUAUCAUGCGGAACAUACACCACAACUUGCAAAUUGAGUGUCCAUCUGCUAAGACUGGUCUUUAUGGUGGCGGUGCCUUCUUGUCUCUUGAUUCUGCACUCUUCUGGUUGGUUUGCUUAAUGCUAGCUAAUAAUGUUCGGGAGGAUUACUUUGAAGAAACAACAAAUCUUAAAGGCGAGGCUGCAGUAAACUAUGAAGAAGAUAUAGUUAUAAAGAGUGCCUAAGCUAUUUCUAUAUGUAUUUCACUUGCUUGUUUCAUUUCUGAUGUUGCCGCAAUUAGGUGGUAGCAUACCUUGUGCGAGAACUCGAUUGUUGCAUUUGCAUAUAUGAAAAAUGUUAUUCAAAAAAAAAAUUACUGCUACAACCGGCCACUGCCCAUAAAUUGUUGCUAGCUCAUUUCAGAAUUGCCUCCAUCGUCUUCUCUUGAUACAAGGCAUACUCUCCUCUACAUUUUUGGGUGGAAUUUGAAUUCCAGACCAUCUACCUAUUUCUCCCUGGACCUUAUCUAUCCAUAUGCACUCUAUAAAAAGAGAUAUUGUUGAGUCUCUAAAGUAUCCAUAGCACACAAGCAGCAGCUAGUAUUUCUUGCAAUAAAAU